UACAGGAUAGGAGUUUGUCAAGAAAAUAUAUAGUUGUAUGCCAUCCAGAAUUUUGAAGUCAAUGGAUGUGUAAUAUCGCUAUACAUAUAUCAUUAAAUCCUUUAUAUAUAAUGACUAGUGUGGACUUAAUUAGAUAGUAUUCAAAAAGUUCUCUCGAAUGUAGGGAGUCCCGACAAUGUAGAUCUGCCAUUAGUUACUUUGUUAACAUUUUAAAGGUCCUCCUAUUUUCAUUCAUGUCAACCUGUUUUCUAUGGUAACUCAACUCUCCUCCCUCCCUUAUUACUUACUUUCUAUUUCUGUAGAAGCAUCAUUCAAUUCAUUCCUCCCCUUUACCAUUUGGUCAAUUAAUUACAAACUUCAAAUAAAACAUGGAACCUCUAUUCCUUUCUUUCCUCCUCCUCUUCACCCUCACUUCAGCACAAUCCAUUAAUAAUGUUGCAUCAAAUGCAAACUCUCCAAUCAGUUAUUCUUCAUACCCUCCUGGAUAUGAAAAUGAAAAUGAAAUUCAAAACUCACCAUCACAAUCAGCUAAUUCUGACAUCUCUUUUCCUCCUUCAGAUUCUCCUUUACCCACACCAUCCGAAACAGAAUCUUCGUCAUCUUCCUUUGAACCAUCAGAAUUUUCUUCCAUCUCCACUGAAUCAAUUUCCUCUAGUGGUCAAGCAGGCGCCUCGGGCUUCUCAUCUUCUCUUAUGUCCAUCAAUACGCGAAACAACGAGGGUGAAAGUAAUGAUCAUGAUAUUACUAGUAUAAAGAAGAUAUGCGACAAUACUGACUACCCUGAUCUUUGCACCACAACUGUCGCGCCAUUUCUGCACGGAAAUGUCGUUAACGUACAACAAAUUCUUGAAGUAGCUAUGAAGGCAAGUGAUCAGUUCGCAAAAUUGGGAUUUGCAGCUGUCAAAAGAGCUUCUGAAUCACCUGCCACUCCACCCAAAACUAAGAAAAUGCUUAAAACUUGCCUUGACAGUUGGGAUACUGUGUUGUAUAAUUAUGAGCAAGCUAUUGAGGCACUACGUAUUCAUGGUAGUGGACGUAUGAGCACUAUGCUUAGUGCUGCUAUUACUGACAUUUCUGAUUGUCAAGAUGCCUUUGAAGGUGUGGUUUCUCCUUUGAUUGGUUAUGGUGAAAAGAUGACUAAGAUGACUAGCAAUUGCCUAGCCAUUGUUUCACAACUUGCGAGUUGAUUAGAUAAUAUAAUUUCAUAUUUAGUGAAACUAAUUAAAUAUAUUGGUUUAGAAGCACGAGUAGGAGUGAUGCUUAAUCACGUCUCCUAAUGUUUUAUUUUAUUUUAUUGUCAUUCUGUCCUUUUCUGAUUAUGUGAAAUACAUAGAAACUCUCCUUUGCAGAA